AACAAGACUAGACUUUAAGAUGUCAAAGUGCAAAACGAUACUUUGAGACAAGUAAAAAGCAAAAUAUGGGCCAGCCCAGCAACUAUGAUAACAAAUUACAAGCAUCUCUUAGUAUUUGGGGAUGAGGUGUUUUGUAAAGUGCGAAGGCCCAUUCGUACUUGACUUGGGAGCCCACGUAAAAUCCUGGGUUGGCCACCGCCUACAUUGGGCUCAUGGUCAACGAUCAACGGUCCUGAUCAGUGUUGCAAGAAACCGGUUCUUCCUCUCCCUCCGCCCGCACCCAUCCCGCCUCCUCUCUCUCUCUCUCUCGCCCUCUCUCGUUUCUUCUUCGCCCCGAUUCUUCUCCCUUCCCCCCUCCCGCCGCCUCGAUUCCUCUUCAUCCUCUCCCUCCGAACCCCGCAUCGCCUCCCAUAAAAAAUGACCGACGCCGAGCCCUCCUCCCCCUCCUCCGCCGCCUCCGCCGACUCUUCAUGCGCCGCCGUCUGCUCCACCUCCGCCACCGCGGCCGAGGCGAGCCCGCCGCCGUCGUCGGUGUGCUCCGCCUGUGGCGGCCCCACCGCCUCCAUCUCCUCUCCGCCGCCCUGGACCGACGCCUAUAACCUGCCGGCAUACCGCCCUAUCCGCGCGCCGGCGAUCAACGCCCCCACCCAGACCAACGCCAUCAUCCUCGCCCCCGUCCCCCAGCCCCUCCCCGUCCCCCCCACUACCCCUCCCUAUCACUUCGAAACCCCCACCAAGCGCAUCUCCUCUCCCGACGACAUCCGCCGCUUCCACUCCUCUGCCGCCGGCCGCCACUUCCUUGGCUUCGUCGCCGCCCUCUCCCACUCUGUCCGCGGCCGCAAGAUCUCCGACCCCGUUCCCCCCCUCCCCCAAACCGUCACCUCCCUCCUCUCCCUCCUCCAAGCCCUAACCUCUUGGAUCGAUGAGAUUCCCCCACUCCCCCACUCCGCCCGCUACGGCAACCCCGCCUACCGCUCCUGGCACGCCCGCCUCUCCGCCGAGGCCCCCGCCCUCGUUCUCCCCCUUAUUACCUCCGAGGAGCUCCUCCCCGCCGCUGACGAGCUUCUCCCCUACCUCCUCGACUCCUUCGGCAACGCCUCCCGCAUCGACUACGGCACCGGCCACGAGACCAACUUCGCCGCCUUCCUCUAUUGCCUCGCCCGCCUCGGCCUCAUCAGGGAGGAGGACUACCCGGCCCUCGUCACCCGGGUCUUCGUCGCCUACCUCGAACUCAUGCGCAGGCUCCAGAUCACCUACUGUCUCGAGCCCGCUGGGUCUCACGGUGUCUGGGGCCUCGACGACUACCACUUUCUCCCCUUUAUCUUUGGCUCAGCUCAGCUUAUUGAUCACAAGUAUAUGAAGCCCAAGUCGAUUCACAACCAGGACAUUCUUGAUAACUUCUCCCACGAGUAUAUGUACUUGGCCUGUGUGGCUUUUGUCAAGAAGGUGAAGAAGGGGGUGUUUGCUGAGCACUCCCCAAUGCUUGAUGAUAUCAGUGCGGUCCCGACAUGGAGCAAGGUGAACAGUGGAAUGCUGAAGAUGUAUAAGGCUGAGGUGCUUGAGAAGGUGCCCAUCAUGCAGCAUUUUCUCUUUGGUUCGCUCAUCAAAUGGGAGUGAGGUCAUCUUCAUUUGUGAUGUUAUGUGAAGGCAGGUUCUGAACGCUCUCCAGGUUUUCCAGGUGUUUCCUGGACGUACAACAAAAUUGAUUUGUAUAGUAGUACCAUGCUUUCAUGUGACUGGGUGGCUGUGAAGCAUCAGAAUUGGGCAUGAAUACUAUCCUUUUGAAUUCGCGUCUCCCCCCCUCCCUCCCCUUUCCUCCUUUAAAAUGGGUUACAUGUGCAAUGGAUGCAUGCAUGCCUGCACCUCUCCUCUCAUAACAGAUGAAAGAAUCUUGGUUACUGAAGCUUUGGUCUUUUCUUUAUAUCCUUUACUGCUUUAUUUGGAUACAAACUUAUUCUCUGGUAAUGUUCGAUUGAGAUGGGAACAUUGAUAUACACUGCUGCAUGUAUGAGUACCAACUAUUAGCAAACUAAAUGCAGUUUUUUGGCCCUCUU